AAGUGUUGACAGUGCUGGACCGGCUGGCUCGGGUCGCGGCCGCGGCAUUACAUCGUUUUCCAAUCUGUCCGCAAACGCCGCCGCCCGAAACAGAGCCAGGAUGUUCGGGAUGCUGAGCAGCAGCUUUGAGGAUGAUCCCUUCUUCUCUGAUUCUUUUAUGGCACACCAAGAAAGUAUGCGACAGAUGAUGAGAAAUUUUUCUGAACCUUUUGGAAGAGACCUGUUCAGCAUCUCUGAUGGUAGAGGAAGAGCUCGUAACCAUACGGGACAUGAGGAUGGAGAAAAUUCCUUGACUCGUACAGAUGUCAACCCUUUUCAGGCAAUGGACCGAAUGAUGUUAAAUAUGCGAAACAGUAUGCAGGAAUUACAAAGAAACUUUGGUCACCUUUCAACGGAUCCAAAUGGACAUUCGUUUAGUUCUUCCUCAGUUAUGACUUAUUCCAAAGUAGGAGAUGAACCACCAAAGGUUUUCCAGGCCUCAACUCAAACCCGCAGGGCUCCAGGAGGAGUAAAGGAAACUAGGAGAGCACUGAGAGAUUCUGAGAGUGGACUAGAAAAAAUGGCUGUUGGUCAUCACCUCCAUGACCGAGCUCAUGUCAUUAAAAAGUCAAAGAACAAGAAGACUGGAGAUGAAGAGGUCAAUCAAGAGUUCAUCAAUAUGAAUGAAAGUGAUGCUCAUGCUUUUGAUGAUGAGUGGCAAAAUGAGGUUCUGAAGUACCAACCCAGGGGACAAUGGCACAAUCUAGAAAACUCUAAGAUGCGAAGCAUUGGUCAUGAGAAUUCAGGAUCCCGAGAACUUAAAAGAAGAGAGAAACUGCAUCAAAGUCCAGCCAUUGAACGUGGAAGAAGAUCAAAUGUUUUUGUGGACAAACUCAACAUCAAAGGAUCACCUGUGAAAAUCAACAAAAAAUAAAUAGCAUUGCAUUUGAUUUGUUUAGUUUUGGUUGUUUGAACAGAGAAAGUAAUGGUGCUGAGUAAUACACCUAAGACCAAUCGCUUGUUAUUAAAUCAAUACUGUGUUCUUAGCAACUUUCUUCUGAAUGUUCUUGGAAGUGCUAGCUUUAUAUUGUCCCUACUUUAGGAAUAAAACUUUAAUUUUCAAUAGU